UGUCCACCGCCACCCCAGCACAGCCACCAUGGCCGCAGCGCUCUGUAGGACCGGCCGGCUCCUGGUCCUGUUGGCCCUGUCUACCCUCAGCAGCGGCCAGGACAGCGGCCAGGACUACUGUAAAAUACGCUGCAAUGGCCGGCCGCACACCAUGUGCUCGUACGGGCCCGGCGGCCGGAACGGCUGCUCCGAGAGUCAACUCAGCGCUCGGGACCAGAACGUCAUCCUGAGAGCGCACAACCAGCGCCGGCGAGAGAUCAAGAACGGCAAGUACUCGAGCCGCGGCCUGCCGGCGGCCGCCGAGAUGCCCGACCUGCGCUGGGACCCGGAGCUGGCCAAGAUCGCGCAGCGCUGGGCCAACCAGUGUCAGCAGGCGCACGACGACUGCCGCAAAAAGAACAACGGACUCGCGGUCGGACAGAACGCCGCCUGGACCUGGGGAAGCCCCAAAAAUCUGGCGGCGCAGGUAAAAAGCUGGUUUGACGAAAUCAACCAGUGGAGCGGUGGCGUAGAUUUCCAGUUCUCCGAAAAUACUGGACAUUUCACGCAAAUUAUCUGGGCCGAUACAACGGCAGUCGGUUGCGGACUCGCUUCCGGUCCCAACAAUAUGUUGGCAUUGUUCUGCAAUUACGCUCCUGCCGGUAACAUCAUCGGUAGCAAAAUCUACCAGCCCGCAAGGGGUGGAAGGCGACCCCAGCGCUCCCAGCCAGACACGAGGACCCCCGGCAACCAGGGCCGCUUCGACCCGCCCACGGAGCCACCGAGGAGAUCGCGCCCCAACUUUGAGCAAGGCCCGCAGCCAACGUCGCGCCAGGGGGAUCCGGAGCCUUCCGGUGAUAUCCUGACCGUGCUGCCCUACCUCAAGGAGCCUCGCGAAGGGGAGAUUCUGCACUCCAACGAGGGCGACAUGCUGCCGCACGCCCAGGUGACUCGUCGCGGCGAGGCUCGGGUCAGAGACGGCGAGGGCGAGGUGAGGCGCUCCGAGCAGGGUCGCAUCGUCCGCGACGGCGACCGGGUGUCGGCCUCCGCGUCGGCGUCGGCGUCCGCCAAACAGCACCGUCGCCAGCAGCCCGACGGCGGCGCGCGGCCGUCCUACAGCACUACCACCCGGCGGCCGACCCGCAACACAAGGCGGACGCGGCAGCCGAGCAGCUACCGGCAGACCACGACAAGGCGGCCACAGCGGACAACCACCUACAGACGACCAACGACCAGACGCCCAGAGCAGCAGAGACCCGACGACACCAACAGGCCGCAGCAAAGGCCCGACGACCGAUACAAGACAGACCAGAAGCCUGAUGACGGGUACAAGUCUGGAGAACGCGUCUACCGGCCAGACGGGCGGCAGGAGGGCGAUGUGCGCCGGUCGGGCCAGUGGCGCGUCAUCCGCGGCCGGCCCGUGGUGCUGCACCAGGCCCAGGACGGGGCCGGCCAGCAGCGACAGAUCAUCAUCGGCCCGUCCGGACGGCGGCACGUCGUCGAGGACGUACGGGUGCAGCGGCAGCGCGUCGAACAAGUCUCACCAUCGGAUGACAUCGUCAGGCAACUGAGUCCGAUUCUGGACCACAUUCCACAGGGAGAAGGCAUUAAACGCAAAAUUUUCUCCAACUCGACACAGUUCUCUCAAGGAGUCAAUAGGGUUAUCCAGACCAUUACGGUAUCAUGAGAAUAUCGUAAAACCAAACGUGUACGUAGCUUAGACUAGACCUUACGUGUAUGCCUGCAAUGUUUUAAGUCGUAUGUCUGAUUCUGAACCUCUGUGAUGAAGAUUGUCGAUGCUGCUGCACAGUAAUGUAAUAAAUGUGAUCUACUGA